UUAAUGAGGAUCGAAAGGGUGGUCUCAUAGCUUCCUCUGCCAUCUUCAUCCAAUCCCCAGCAAUCAUCUCGUCAAACUCCAGAACUUUCCUGCCCAGAUCCUUCCGAUUCUCAUCUCAAAAUGCUCCGCCCCGAUGCACUCAGAAUCAAAACUCAGUUCUCCUCCUCCUCCGCCGCCGAAUCACUCGCCAAUAACGACGAUCUUUUAGUCGAGAUCCUUGUCCGCUUACCCAUCCCAUCACUUCUACGAUUCAAAUCCGUUUCAAAACGUUGGUUCUCCCUAAUUUCCGAUCCCGAUUUCUCUCACCGUCGAAUCACUUUCUAUCCGCCCACUCCUUCAGGCAUCUUCUUGUCCCGUCCUUACACGUUUUCUGUUUCCCCCGGAUUUGAUUUCGUCGUUCUGCGCCCAAAUCCGCCUCAGGUGCCGUUUGAAUCUCUUGAACCUUCUGUGCCGAAGCGUAGAAUUGAAAUCCUGCAAUCCUGUAACGGCUUGUUGUUGCGUUGCAGCAACGGCAGAUCGUAUCGGAAGAACACUUAUUAUGUUUACAAUCCAACGACGAAGCAAUACACAACGUUCCCAAGGCUUCAGAUGUCCAAAACACAAAGUAGUAACCAUUGGCCCUAGUUUAGCAUACGAUCCAAUACGAUCAUCAAAUUACAAAGUCGUUUGCGUUCGAAGAUUAGAUUCCGAAAACUUCCAAAUCAAGAUUUACUCGCAUGAUUCUGGCUCCUGGAGGUCCUGGUGCAAGGUUGCGUUCCCAUUUUCAUUCAGCUUU